AUGUAUUUCUGGGAAUCCGUGCUUUCCGCUCUGUUAGCUUCCUUCUUUACCUCUGUACUUGGCGGGCUGUAUUUGACAGGCGCAUUCCGCAGGAGAAGACCCAAAGAACCGCCGUUGGACAAAGGCCUCAUCCCAUGGCUAGGACACGGGAUAAGUUUCAAGAAGAACCCUGCGGAGUUUUUGGAGAAGAUGCAGAAGAAACACGGGGAUAUCUUCACCGUGUUGGUUGGAGGCAAUUAUUUAAAUUUCAUGAUGGACCCUCACACCUACGGGACGGUCAUAAAGGAGUCCAAAGACAAGCUGGAUUUCGAUACGUUUGGUUCCGAAGUAGUUCAUAACGUCUUUGGUUUCUACCUUAGUGAAUCUAAUCACAAGAUUCUGCAAAGAAACAACAAGAAGUAUCUCAGAAAUCGGAAUCUGGAGGAUCUGAACCAGGUGAUGACGGAGAAAUUGCAGGCGGUGUUGCUCCGGAACCAGGGCUCCGGCGGCGGAGAAAGACCAUGGCAGCAGGACGGGGUCCUCCACUUCAGCUACAAGGCCAUGUUUCAAGCUGCUUUCCUGACGUUGUUUGGAAGCGAUUCCCCCAAAAGUGGAGAUCGCAAAGGGACUUCUAAGGAUAGCAGAGCACCGCAGUGUGCAGAAUGGUUUGAGGAUUUUCAGAAAUUUGACCACUACCUUCCCCAGAUGGUCAUGGGGAUGCUGGAUCCUGAGAGCAAGAGGGAGACGGAGAGGCUGAGGAACUUCUUCUGGGAUGUGCUGUCUGUAGAAAAGGUGACGGAGAAGGACGGUGUCAGCAACUGGGUGGCCGAGCAAGAUCACCAGAUGGUUGAGGCUGGGAUGACCAAAAAGAUGCGGACUCAGCUCUUCUUUCUCCUUUUCUGGGCAUCACAAGUGAACACUGGGCCAGCUACCUUCUGGGUUUUUGUCCAUCUCCUGACACAUCCAGAGGCGAUGAAGGCAGUGAAGGGAGAAGUCGACCGAGUCCUAAAGGAGACAAAUCAGGAGGUCAAGCCAGGCAGUCCCUUGCUCAAGAUAUCCUUUGAAUCAGUCAAGACUCCUCUUUUGGACAGCGCGAUACAGGAAUGUCUACGCUUGAAAGUAAGUCCCUUUCUGUUCAGAAGCAUAAUGGAAGAUAUGGAUCUUAAAAUGGCGGACGGGAGAGACUACAGCCUCCGGAAAGGAGACCAGCUGAUUCUCUUCCCCUUCAUCGGCCUGCAGAUGGAUCCUGAAAUCUACCCUGAUCCUAAGACUUUCAAAUACGAUCGGUUCGUGAACCCAGAUGGCACAAGGAAAGAAUUCUACAAAAAUGGGAAAAAGCUAAGACAUUACAACAUGCCGUGGGGCGCCGGGCCUUCCAUGUGCCCGGGACGCUUCUUUGCUGUUAGUGAAAUGAAGUUGUUUGUGAUUUUGAUGGUCGCCUACUUUGAGAUGGAACUGGUCAAUAAGGAAGAGAAGGUACCGCCGGUAGAUCCAAGCCGCUAUGGGAUUGGAACUAUACAUCCUUCUCACGAUAUCCAGUUUAGAUAUCGACUGAGAAUCUAAGAGUAAAGUCAUUUAGAGCCAGUUUGGUGUAGUGGUUAAGUGUGUGGACUCUAAUCUGG